ACCAACGGCUGGCGAAUCGACGUUCCGCCAAUAUCAGCCAUCCAGCGACCGUCACCUGCAACGAUUUUGGCCCUUUCGCGGACGACGCACACGUCGGGACGUCGUCGGCAGCUACGUUUCCCUGGAUGCUGAGGCAUGCGCCCUAAAAACUCUGCGAUUGAUGUAUUGCAGAGCGCAGAUCUGCGUCUAUUACCUGCUGUGGACAGCGACACUGAGUCCGGGGCUCACCUCGGAGCAGGAAACUACCACCGCGAGAAGCUGGAACUGUCCCGCGGAAUGCAUCUGCCUCUCCCCGAAGCAGGUUCUCUGCAACAAAGGUGGUUUGAAGGACGUUCCCAGCCAGUAUCUUCCGCCGACGGUGGAGGAGCUGUCGCUGACCAAGAACAAUUUCCCGGUGAUAAAGGGGGACGCGUUCGCCGGUCUCCGGGUCCUGCGCAAGUUGACCAUGGAUGGUAACAACAUCUCGAGCAUACGACCGUUCGCGUUCCGUGGCCUCGGCAAAUUGCGCGAGCUCUCGAUCCAACACACGCCGCUACCGUGCAUCGAGAAGUUCUCGUUCGCCGCUCUCCAGAACGUCUCCAUGCUGCUGCUGGCUAACAACAAGAUAAGGUACAUCGAAGAAUCCUCGUUUACCGGCACGUCGAACGUCCGCGUGAUCCUGUUGACCAACAACCCGUUGCUGAGGAUCCAUGGCCACGCGUUCCGCGGUCUCACGAACGUCGUGCGGCUGAUAUUCCCGUCGGGGAUCAGGAUCGUCGAGCCGGACGCGUUCGACGGUCUCCAGUACGUCGGCCUCCUGAAACUCACCUACAUGGACCUGUCCUCCCUACAAUCUUACACGUUCCGCGGCCUCUCUCACGUUCACUCGUUGAACAUUCAGGAGAGCGACCUGGGCGUCAUCGAGAAGGACGCGUUCACCGGGCUGACGCGCGUCGACCGUUUGAACGUGCUCAACAACAAGAUCGACCUGAUCGAGAAGUUCUCGUUGCGCUACGAGAACUACGUGGAGAUGCUCAGAUUUCACGGUAAUCACGUGUUGGAGGCGCCGCGUCAUCCGAGGGACAUAAGCCUGGAAGUGAGCUCGAUCAGCGCCGUCGACAACCAUUUCCCCUGCGACUGCCAGGCCCACACCGUGCUCGAGAGCGACCUGGUCAACGGUUCCGUCGUCGAGUUUCAGACCAGGAAUUAUUGUAUCUCGCCCAUCGAGUACAACAACAAGCCGAUGAACUUGGUCGACUUCGACCUGGUCGCCAGGUGCCACGACAACGUGGUACAGGACAACCUCGGCUCCGGCGUCGUCGGCGUUUUCACCCUGCCCACCACGCUUUUCAUCUUUCUCCUCUUCUCGACCACCGCCAAUCUCUUUCAGUGAAUCCCGUUCUCUUCCCUUACCCUCGCCUUCCCCCACACCUGUCUGCUCCCUCUUCAAUUUUCCCGCUCCACUUUCGUCUCGGCCGUGUGCGUGUGCGUGUAUGUGUGUGUGUGUGUGGGGGGGGGCGGGGUUGAGAGAACGUCUGACGCAAAUAACGUUAACGGCGAACGUAGCAAUCGCGCACGAGGGUCGGCCGAGAAGCACCCUACUCGUCGCACCGCUUCCGGCGAAUCUGUUCGAGCGAACCGCUUCUCGUACUCGACGACGCUUCUCUCCGACCCGAAUUUUGUCGCGUGCUCGAGUACACAUACGUAUAGUACGCGGCUCGUUUUCUUCUCUCGCGUUCAUCGUGUCUCUUUUCUCGACUCGCACAAUUUUCAACGAUCGAUUUACGAGCUUCAACCGAUUCCUGUAUCGAGCCAACGAAACCGCAUCCCUUUUCGAUGUAUCCCGUACGUCGCCUUUGACGUCCUUUGCCUCGUUGCGCGCUUCUCGCGCGUUCUCCGCUCGACAGACAGCAGCAACACCGGUCCCGUCGUGGCCCUGCGACGCGUGUGCGUGAGCGACGUCGCGCGCGAAACAAAGGAUCAACGAGCAGACGUGCACACGAGUCAUUUUUAUCGACGACAAUGAAAGUACGUAGGAAAUAAGCAUAUCCGUAAGUUCGACUUACGCGCGUAGAUAGAUGUACUGUGUAAGGCGUAAGAGCAAAGUCGGCGCGCGAUUCCCAGCAAACGAAUAUACAUAAUACGGGUCGAUCCCGCGCUUCGUCUUAGGAAAUACAAUAGUACCGAGUAUCUCGGGGGAGAUUGCUGUUCCUCCCGAAAUCCUUCCGUUUCGACGACAUGCCUGCCGUCAUCGUUGUCUGGCCAAACGCGCUCGAGCGAGCCGAUCGUAACACCGACCCGACCCUUUAGAUCUCCGACCGCGUAGGUUCCGCGUAGAUUCGCUACGACCGGCGUACAGCUCGCGCAGAUCGGUCGCGUGAACCUAUCGAGUCGAUACGCAAUAUACACGGUGUGUGUCGGCGUCGAAAGCACCAACAAGCAGGGUACUCACUUACCUAAGUAUGUAUUUAUUUGGGCGAAGGCUCGUUCUCGUUCGGCUUCGACGAUCACAGGGGUCCAUUCUCGAACGUCCCGUUCUUUUCUCAAGCCAACGGAGGGGGUCUCAACUAUCGAGGCUAAGAAUCUUGCUUUUACUAAAACUACCUAUGAAGGGAGGAGGAGAGAGAGAGAGAGAGAGAGAGAGAGAGAGUGAGCGAACGAGCGAGCGAGCGAGUGGAACGUACCCUCUCGUCGUUUGUAAAGUCUGCGUGGCCUUCGGUCAGCAUAUAGUAACCGAGGACCAAACUAGCUUAUAUUUUUUACCAACAUCCGUCUACCGCGGAAGGUAAAUAUCCUAACGUAACUCAAACGCUGUAACCCUUUAUUGUAGUUAGAAUCGAUCUAUCGUCCAAUAAAUGGCAAACAAACGAU